GCCGCUGCGCAACGCGCCUUCGCUCCUCGGCAUUUGCCGAGCGUGUUUUGUCGAUACAACGUGUCGAUGUGAGCGUAGUUUUCAGACAUUCUGCAGUCUUAAAGUAAAUAUUUUGUUGCUACAGUUGCGAAAAGUACCAAAAAAAUGCAAGUGUCGAGCGCGAAUGACGUGAAGAUAUACAACCUUAGCGCGGGCCGAUCGCUGCCAGAAUGGCUGUCGGACCGCAAGAAGCGCAUGCUAGCGAGAAAGAACGCAGAAAUAAGGCAUCGCAUCGAGCUCAUCCAGGACUUCGAGAUGCCGGUCGUGAGCACCAACGUCGCUAUGUCGCGCGAUGGCCAGUACGUGAUGGUAACUGGCACCUACAAGCCUCGCGUUCGCUGCUACGAAGUGUCGCAGCUGUCCAUGAAGUUCGAGCGCUGCUUUGACUCGGACGUCGUCACCUUCGACAUACUGAGCGACGACUACACGAAAAUGGUGUUUCUUCACUGUGACCGCUACGUCGAGUUCCACGCCGCCUACGGACGCUAUCACAGGGUGAGGAUUCCCAAGUUUGGCCGCGACAUGGCUUACAUGCCGGCCACUUGCGAGCUGUAUUUCGGCUGCGACGGAGCUGAAGUGUUCCGACUGAGCUUAGAACAAGGCCGCUUUAUGAACCCGAUCGCAACAAAGGCGACGGCCGUGAAUGUGUGCCGUGUCAAUAGUUUCCACAAUCUCGUUUGCCUGGGCACGCAAGAAGGCAAAGUGGAGGCCUUCGAUCCCAGGUCGCGGUCUCGAGUGGGCAUCCUCGAGUGCGCUCUCAACAGCGUCACUGAGGACACGGAAGUGAAUGGGUUGCCCUCUGUGACUGCGCUCACUUUCAAGGACUCCCUGACGCUGGGCGUCGGUACAGCCACGGGUCAGGUCCUGCUGUUCGACAUUCGCUCUGACAAGCCGCUACUCGUGAAGGACCACUUGUACGGCCUGCCCGUCAGGAAGGUGGCCUUCCAUGCGGACGCGAACGUCGUGAUGAGCAUAGACUCAAAGGUGCUCAAGCUGUGGGAUGCCACUUCGGGAAAGGCUUUUACGUCGGUCACGCCAGGGGUCGACUUGAACGACCUGUGCCUCGUGGGGAACUCUGGCCUGUUCUUUCUGGCCAAUGAAGAGAAAAAGGUGCUGUCCUAUUACAUUCCGAGUCUGGGCCCCGCACCACGCUGGUGCUCUUUCCUGGACAACCUGACCGAGGAGCUGGAGGAAACGCACCAGGACACCGUGUACGACGACUACAAGUUCAUCACGCAAAAGGAGCUCGAGAACCUCGGUUUAGGCCACCUGGUGGGCACAAACCUUCUGCGAGCAUACAUGCAUGGCUACUUCCUCGACAUGAGACUCUACCACAAGGCAAAAGCUCUGGUGCAACCAUUCGCAUACGACGAGUACCGCAAGAAAAAGAUCAGAGACACCGUCGAAGCUGCUAGGAAGAACCGUGUUGAGAGCAAGCUCAAGUUGCCAACAGUAAACAGGGAACUGGCGAAGAAACUUCAAGAAGCAGUUGCAGCGCCGAGAAAGACACCAAAGACGACCCUCUUGGAAGACACGCGCUUCAAAGCAAUAUUCGAAAACCCAGACUUUGAGGUUAACCCCGCCAGUCAAGAGUACAGGUUAUUGAACCCACUUGUGAAGAGUCUGGACAAACAGCAAAAGAAAAAGGGGGCUGAGGAGCCAGGCGACGGCAUAAUGGAGUUGCUCGAUCCAGUCGAACAGAAUGGCAGCACCAGCGAAGGAGAGAGCUCGGACGAUGACCGAAUGUGGAUGAAAGAGGUGAAGAAACAACAUUGGAUGAUUAGGCAAGAAGCCAAAUCAGCACCCAAGAUGUACGAACUAAAGAGUGGCGUUGAGCUCCACGGCGGAGUCCUCUGUGGAAGGACUGAAAGCGUGGGUGCCGUGAAGAAGAAGCAGAAGGCAGCACAUAAGCUUACUCUUGCUCAGAGACUGGAAAGAGAUAAUAGGGGUGCAGCAGUGGGUGCCAGUGGGAAUAGGAUGAUGACGUUCGAGUCUAGGAGGACAAAAGUUGAGCGGGACCAGGAAGAGAAAGUGAAGGCACACAUGGCCGAGCGGAGGGAAGUUAGACGUUCAACUAAAGGGCUGAAGAUGACAAGGCUGCCUUGACGCUCUUUGCUCUUGCUUGUAAAUAAUAAAGUGACGCCCCUCAUUCAGAAAUUACCCCGUGUGACCCCUAAUUGGCCACGUGUGGAACUUUUUCCCAUCAUUUGGCUGUGACCAAGGACAUUACCUUAAAUUCUUAUCAAAGAAGUCUAAAUUCAAGGGCUUGUUUUCUUUGUUAGACAUAAUAUUAAUGGGAAAAUGAUGCCAAGGAAACUGAGUUCCUAGUGGCAGUUGUAAAAGGCCCCUAAGUACUUCUGAUAAUUUUUCAAGCAUUUGAAGUAAGCACGCACAUCGUAUGCAGAAUGCUGACACAAUCACCGAUGCCGCAUGAGGCUGCAUUACAAGCCGCAGUCAUGCCACGAAGUCCAAGAAACAAUAUCUUCUCUCUGGGACCUUCUGGUUUCCGUAGUGAUGAGUGUAUCACAAUGUUGAUUCUGUGAUACAGAGUUCAAGUCAUGCUGCGACUGAUUGAACAUCAACCUAUGACUUCCGGUUGGUCUGCAAGCAGCUGCCCGCAGUCCUUGUUAGUCAUGUUGCGCGGUUGGCGGCUCCUCACCUCGCGCAAAGGUGCUCUGGCACAGCCUGUCACUAUACGGAUCCAUCAUUUUAGCAAUCCUCUAACGGCAUGUACACUACACAAGAUCCAUAGCGGCACGAUUUGUAGCUUCAAGGGCCGGCAUAGCAACAUCAGUUGGCCAACAAGCACGGAGUUGCAGAAACCAGAAGUAGAAGAUGUUUCAAACAGUGCGUCGGCAAUGAGGGGCAACUCUGCAAGAAUGGCAAAAGCUACUUUCGAAAAGGAGGUGAAUGAAGAAUUGUGAAAAAAAGAGUGAAAGGACCGAUAGGCGCAUUUCAAUCAUUAAACUCGUCUAACUUCACUGUUAUGACACCGUUUUAAAAAGAUUAUCAUAGCUAAGUCUUUCAUGUUUAGGUGCCCUUCUACUUAGCAGGUGCAAUUUGCUGUUUACUGUGACAUUGAGUGGCCCCUCCCUCCCCAUGCACAUGGACAUGAAAAGGUGGAAUGAACUAGUGGGGUUUCAGGUGCCUGACCACCAUGGUAAUUAUUUCCCCUGUUAUGUGAAAAGCUAGGUUUCUCUGGGUAUUUUACCUUCGACUGAGGCUGUUUGGUGUUGCAUGGGUUGCUUUACAAUAUCAAAAGUUCACAGCACAGAAAUACAAUAUGCGGAUGUGGUAGUAAUGGUGUCUUUUAUUGACAACAUACUAGGAAAUGUCUAUACCUACAGUGUUUGACCACCAAAGUGUAUGGACAUGUUGCAAUUACAAUUACAUAAUGGCACUCCCUUGAGGGGUUCCAGUCGCCUUACUCACAAAAAGGGAAAAGUGCAAUAAAUGAUUAUUAGCAUUUUCA